AUGUAUACAACACUAAUCGAGAAACGCCAAGUUCAACACAAUGACCGAGAUCUUUCGUCAUAUACUAACCCUAAUACGACUGCUGCAGAGUGGAUCAUGUGUGAUAAUUUAAUAGAGAAUAUGAGCUACAACUGCGAAAAAAGACCUUAUAUGACGAUAGUUUUGAUUGUCACUAUACUCAUUUUUAUUAUUUUAAGAAAAUCAUCUUAUCUUCAUAAUUGGAGCUCAUCAACACAUCAAAGUCGACUUAAACAACAAGAAGAAGAAGAGGAAGAAGAACAAGUUGGAUUAAUGCAACGAGUAGUAAGUCUUGUUUGA